AUGCUUGCACAAGACCCCAACUUUCCCGACAAUCUUGACAUCCGCCCCUCCAACCUGAACGAUAUUGCUCGACAAAGCACAGAUAGCGAGCGUGUCUUUGGGAUAGAAGCUCAAGAGGAUGCAAUUCGUCUUUACGGGAUCGCUAGAAGAGUAUGGGAAGCGGCAUACACGUUGUCCGCGUAUGUUUCUACACCCUCAGACCGAAAAAUUGAACCCCCUUUUGUUUGGGACGCAGCAAGGAUUCACCCUGUAACGAUGAUCGAACUGGGAUCCGAUUCUGGGUUGGUUGCUUCGGGUAUUAUCAAGACACUCGAACCUCGAGAUCUUUUCAUCGCUACCGAUCUUCCUGAGGUCUAUGUGGGAAGGUCGAUGAAGACGAUCGAAGGGUUGGCAGACAACGUGCACAAUGCACCCGCUGACACCCUAAGUAAAGGAGAGACGGGCCCGGGAAAGUGUCGAAAUCAUCAAAUGCUGCAUUGGAAACGAGAAGCCAUUCGUUCAUCCGGAGCCUUUGCCACACAACGCCAAACAUUAAUGGGUCGACAUAGUAACGAGCUUGUUGCUCGUUGUUGGUGGGCCCUCGUCUGCCAGAAAGUCGAUAAACAGCUUCAGGCAGAUGGAUCAAAUGUCGUCAAUGCCUAUUGA